CUGACCAGAAAGAUAACAGACACGGAUCUCUUGAUUUAUUGUCAAUCUUUGUAGCGCUUAGUACUAACAGCAUAUUACCUACUCAAAACAGCUUAGAGCUACACGGCUGUACGGAAACAGGGCUUUAGAAGAAACUUCACCUAUAGCUGGUUAAUUUCUUCAUUUGGAUUGAAUCACAGAGACUCUAUAAUGGAUCUGAUGUGGCUUUUACACAUCGCAGCGAGUAUCUGCGCUUUGCUCGCCUCUGCUGAGAGACACACUGUUUUCUGGAAUAAUACCAACCCUAAGUUCAGAUGGGACAACUAUGCAGUUGAGGUACGCCUGAACGACUACCUGGACAUCGUUUGCCCUCACUACCCACUGGGCGAAGUGCCAUCACAGGAUGCCGAGCGCUAUGUGCUCUACAUGGUAGAACGUGAAGACUACGACUCCUGCCGCCCACAAUCCUACGACCAGAUGCGCUGGGAAUGCGGCCACCCUUUCGCCCCACACGCACCCGAGAAGUUCUCCGAGAAGUUCCAGCGCUUCACACCAUUCACUCUGGGGAAAGAGUUCCGACAGGGCGAGAGCUACUACUACAUCUCCAAACCACUACACCACCACGGACAGGAGUGUCUGAGACUCAGAGUGGACGUAGUUGCCAAUGAUGGUUCUCAAGAAGCCAGGGUCAGCACAGGAGGCGGAGCCAAGGUGGGCGCAGGGGGAGGAGCUCACACACCGUCUAAUCGGUUACCAGCAGAUGAUCCUGUUGUGGCUCUUCCUGAAGUACAGAAAAGCAUGCGGACAAACUCCGCCAUUUCAAUAGCAUCCUGGACUGUUCUCACAACUCUACUCCCCAUUUUAUUAUUGCUGGUCUUACAGUGAGAUGAACAUUGGACUAAAUUACACUUACAAAAGACUAUAAUGACGGCAGCCUGUGUUGAUGGAAGCACACAGGGGUAGCUCUUUACAUCCCAGUGCUGGCCAUUGGGAGGUGCGUACAGGAAGUGGAGCUCGCUCACACCGCUGGUGCCGGUGGAGAAGCGUAACUGGAAUGAAGAGGGCUUUGAACUUUGGACACUUCUAAAGAAACAACGCGAGACGUCAGUAUUUUUCUGGAAAUAAUGUUCAUGCAAAGGGAAUUUUUUUUUUUCCCUUUUCCAUUUUUUGUUCCUCAUAUAAACGCCGGACUAAAAAAACCUGGAUAAGAACAAACUGAAACAGUAAUGCAGAUUUUGAAUUAGCACAUACUUCAAUUAUGGACAACCCCUUUAUUCGAGUGUCAUAAUGAGGGGACACAAGCCAAGAAUGAGCCAAAGACCACAAAGCUUCUCAUGAAGGAGCAGAGCGAUCAAACCUUUUAUUGUUUUCUCAUGUUUUGUUGAUCCAGAGAAAUAAUUGAGUUUCGUAUUAAUUUAUGUAGCAUCAGCUCAGUGGGUUUUAUUCUCACGAUUUUCUCAUGAUUUUACAAGACUGUGUGCUGUACCUGGAAAUGCAGCACAGAACACAAACAAACCCCUUUUCCACUGAAAUGAUGCUGGUUCCUGUGACGGGACGUCUGAGGAAAUGAAUAGUGUAUGUCAGAUUGAGCGCCGGCACCCUGUCAGUGGAAAAUGGGGGCAUCCGAUACUGUUUACCAAACCCACUGACACACUUCCAUUCACAAAUGCUGUGUUGUUUUUGUACAUUCAUUGUUUAGAGAGUAAAUUAUUAGGUGUGCUGCAGAACAAAUUACUGUAUAUAGUGAGCAAAAAUGUUUACUGUGUGCUAGAGAGAGAGGGAAUGAGACGUGAGAGAGGAGAAACUCGUUGGAUUCAUGUGUAUGUAGAUGAAAGACAGGAAGAAAUGCUGGCAAAAAAAGGAAAUGUUGGUAUGUCCAGAAACACACACUGCCUCUCAAAUGUGUGUGUGUGUUCACAGAGGAGACGUGAUGGUCUGUCCUGGGACGGUGGGUCAGAUGAGCACCAUCAGCAUUUAACCUGCCAAGCACAAUCAAUGACACACACACACACACACCACUUACACAUCACAAAUGGACAACUGGAAGCCAACAAAUAUGAAAUAAAAAAAUUUACAAAACACACAAAUUAAUGCUAGAAAAUAAGACAUUUAAAAUCGUUAAAUUGCAAUAUAUAUGCACAGUAUAUAAUGCAAUUUAAUAAUAGCAAAUGAUUUAUUUAUAACACUUAUUUUUACCUAUUUAAUUAAAAAUCUCAAAAUAAGCCACUGUUAUUGACUGAUGAAUCUCAAAAUGGCCAAAUAUCUGCUGAUAAAUUGACCUGCCUGAUAUAUCAGUCUGUUACUACAAUAUAAGUCUGCUAUUUUUGUUUUUAAUAUACAUAUACUAUAUACUACCAAGAACUGUUUGUGUGGGGAAACUGGACCUGGUUUACAAUUUGAGAAGGACACACGUUUAUAACACUAAUCCGCUAAAGCACUAUGAACAAAACAGCACAUACACUGACUCUGACAUGAUGUAGCUGUUUAAGCUCAAUUCCGGGCAGUUGUUAGUACGACUGAUGCAGCUGUACAUGACUAACGUUAGAUCACUCCCAUUCAUUUUUUGACUUUUGUUUUCCUUUUUCCAUUCUCAUAUUCUUAUUUUGUACAUUUAUUGUGUAAAAUGUAUAUUAUGUAUAUAAAGAAGAUUAUAUAAAAAGAGACCUUUGAUAAAAAAACAAAAACAAAACAGUUAAUGUGAAGAUUCUUAUGUGAAAAUAAAUGAUAUUUUUGGAAAAUGC